UCACCUCUCCUGAAGACACAUCUCUUCCAGACAUCGAUCAUGUCAUCCGAAGACAAACCGACCGGCGCUUCGUCGACGCCCGCGGCGGCCAACCAUCCCAUCGGAUCCCACGGCACGGGUCCGGCCAUCGCUGGCAACAAACCCGUUGUGAAUCCGUUGUCGAAGCCGAAGAUCACUCAAGCGCUGAACGGCACUGGAAAUGCACUCAAGACAAGCGCCCAUCAGAACAGCGCCAAUGGGGGCCAAAACGGCAACGGAUCCAACGGCUAUCGCGUGCUGAAGCCCGACGGCUACGUCGGCAUUGACUCACUUCCCGAGCAGUUUGUGUCGCGUAUAGUGAGAGACGGCUUCGGUUUCAAUAUCAUGUGUUUGGGUCAGACAGGGGUCGGAAAGUCUACUCUAUUGGACUCUCUGUUCAACAUGAAGUUCCCGGACGUAAGCACUCGCAGCCAUAACCUGUCGGCAGUGGACGUGACCGCACACAACUACGACCUCCAGGAGCGCAACAUUAAACUAAAACUCGGACUCAUUGAAAGUAAGGGCUUCGGCGACCAAAUAAAUAAAGCCGAUUCAUAUAAGUCGGUCGUGGAGUACAUCGACCAGCAGUUCGAGCGCUACCUCCAGGAGGAGCUCAAAAUACACAGAAACCAGUCGCCGGUGAACGACACGCGAGUACACGUCUGUCUGUAUCUCAUCUCACCGGUGGGUCACGGCUUGCGGGCCAUCGAUUUGGUGACGAUGCGCGAGUUGGCCGCCAAAUGCAAUUUAGUUCCCGUAAUCGCCAAAUCCGAUACCAUAACCAAAGCCGAGUUGGAUAAGCUUCGCGUGAAGAUCAUGUCCGAGAUUGUGACCAAUGGGAUCAAUAUCUAUCACUUUCCCACCGACGACAACGACGUGGCCGACCUCAACGGCAAGAACAACGCUCUGUUGCCGUUCGCACUCGUGGCCAGCCAUGAGUUCGUACGGGUGGGCAGUAAACAGAUGCGCGCCCGACAGUACCCGUGGGGCACAGUUCAGGUGGAGAACGAGAACCACUGCGACUUCGUUCGGCUCCGGGACAUGAUUUUGCGCAUAAAUAUGGAGGACUUGCGAGAGACGACACACUCGCGACACUACGAACUCUACCGACGCGUACGGCUCGAGCAGAUGGGCUUCGGGACAGUGGCCGGCGGCGACUCUACCAAAAACGCCAGCUUUCAGGAGACGUACGAACAGAGACGGGCCGCACAUCUCACUGAACUUCAGCGCAAAGAGGAG